AUGAGCAAGUUUGUGCUCGGUGCGGGAGUUACCAUUCGGGAGUCCCGUGCAAGGCUGGAUGGGGCUUGUGCUAUUCUUGUGGCAAGCCGAGGCAUAAAGCCUCGAACUGUCUGGAGACAUAGAGGCAAGGCUAGUGAGUUAGGAUUGAAGAUUGUGGUUUUAGGUUAUGACCUGAAGGUGUAUAAUGCCACCCAUGAAGCCAUGGUAACUAGGCUAGGAUGUCCGCAGGUUUCGUUUAGGGUCAAGCAGCGUGAUUUUGUACACUAUUUGAUUUGUUUGCCGAUGACUGGUCUUGAUCUUAUCUUGCGGUUGGACUGGUUGUCUAAGAAUCGUGUCUUGUUAAACUAUUUUGAGAAAUCGUUGCAUUUCAUGCCAGGAGGGUCAGAAGGGCCGGUUGUGGUAAAUGGCUGUUACCUAAACUACGUGGUAGUAAAUUAUUUGGGACAGGAAUGUCAAGGCGUUAUGCUGUUAGCUGCGAGUGUGUCGGGUGAGGAACAAAGUUUAGAGCAAAUUCCCGUUGUUUGUGAAUUUUCUGAGGUGUUUCCAGAUGACAUCAAGGAAUUCCCUCCUGCCUGA